AUGGCACCGAAGCAGAACGAUGGUAAGAAGAAUGCCGAGGAGCAGUUCCUUGACCACGUUGAGACCACAAGCGACGAUGAGCAAGACUUGACUGAGUUGAUGUUGGGGCUGAGCCUUGAAGACUUCUUGGGCGAUGUUCCGGCUUCAUCCACCGACACUUUGCAGAGUGUGCUUCCGAAGUUGUUGGAGUUGCAGGAGCAGAUUGUUGAGAAGACCCGUGCCACAAAGAAGGAGCUGACCCUGCGCGACCGUGAGAACAAGAAGACCACCACAAAGGAGCGCCUCGCAAAGAAGAAGAUUGAUGACAAGAAAGCCCGUGAGGCCGACAAGGCCUCCGUCAUCCAGAUUGUUGUGGUGUUUAACGGCGAAGAGUUGAAGUUGGAAGUGCCGAAGAGUAUGACCAUCGGAGACCUUCGCCGUGCCAUCAUCACCGCCAUCAACGAGAAGGUAUGCAACCCCUUGACAAAGAAGAUGGCAACAAAGAUGACCCUUGAAAUGAACGGUGUGAUGCUCAGCGAGACCCCGCGUGCCACGCUCUUCAAGAAGUAUGUGCAGAACGGCUGUCGCUUGACCGCCACCAUCGGCUUGAACAACCCACCGCAGGACGAUGACGAGAGCGACGACACCGAUGACGAAGACCAGUGA